CGUGCGUUAGAGGCGUGAGAUUCGUUGUAUCGAGAGAGAAAAGACAGGUGGUUCUGCUGAAUAAACUAUGGCGGUGGUGGUGGUGGUGGACAAUAUGCAGUAUGCAGCUUGGCGUGAAAAGAGAAGGGUAGUUACAAAAGGGCAAGGAGAAUCGAGUAAUAUAUAUUAAACUGUCGUGACAUCGUGAUUCGUGAUCGCAGUCAGAGAAAUCAAUCGUGCCACGUUACAAGAUCUGUGAAUGCAGAGAUGGCCUCGAUUCCGAUUUCCAGCUCUGGCCCUCCCACGGUCCCACCUCGCAUCUAUCCCUUUCGUGGUGAUACUGAAUAGCUCAGACUUCGGAUCCAACUUAAAAAUAGAUUUAAUUUCUAGAAAACUCUGUUGAGAGGGUAUGUAUUGUUCAGAUUAGUAUAAACUUUAUUCUUGGGAAAACUUAAAAUCAGGUACAGCUCGACUAGUCCAGUGCAUCACCUGAAUCCAAUGGAGACCUCCUAGGACGCGCCAUGUUCAGUUCCAAACAUGUGGUGUGUACGCAGAAAGUGAAUAAGAAGCCUCACCUUGAACGGUACCCAACGGUUAAAACUACAAAAUUUGUAGAUAGAGAUCAGAGGUGGAGUGUCAAUUCAAGCCGUGAGGAUUUGGUGGGACAUGAAUGAAUUUGGACGUGGCUUCUUUCAGUUUCCUUCAAAUUUACUUCAACAGAGAUUUUCUUCUCUCUCGUUUCAGCUUAGCGUGGAAGAGGGAUUGGAUUGAUCUUCGAGGCUAACUCAGGUUGUUGCUAAUUGUGCUGGAUAAGGUCAUCAAUCUGUCAGAAAACAAGUUUUUCUGUGUUUUGGAGGAUUCGAGGCUGUAAAUAUGAAUAUUGUGGCAUUAAAGAAUGUACCUGACAAUUUACACCAUUAUGGGAAAACAAAAUUCAACAUGAUUGCCAGUUAGUAUGAUCAAAUGUGUGAUUAGACCAUGUGUUUAAGAUUUGGAUGUUUUUGAAGCAAUUCAACCCUUGAAAUAACAAUAAACAAAAAAUGGCAAUAAUAGAAUGGCAAAGCAUUUGGCAAUAUAGAAGAAAAAUGGGUGAUUUGAUGUUUAAUCGCUGUGUUGUUCUUCGAUGUGCCCUUCUUGACUAAUGCUAAGCCAGAACUGUUUUGCUUGCUCAGCGUCCCCAACUGGACAUGAUUGUCCGAAAUAGGUAGGGGAUUUCUUCGUCGGUGUUCUAAUGACUUGUCCAUAGUUGAGAAAGGUAUGUGAGAUGAGGCCGUUAAAAGCCAUGCACGCCAGCUAAAUCACUUGUCAUCUACUGGUCAUGGCUCACACUGAAAGAAUUACUGACCUAGUCUUUCCGAAUGGAGACAUCUAUAGUGGUAGUUUUGAGGAAGUACAGCUCAAUGGAAAAGCUAAAUAUACAUGGUCCGACGGAACAAUUUAUGAAGGUGAUUGGGAAGGAGGGAAAAUGUCAGGGAAAGGGCUGAUCGUUUGGCCAUCAGGGGCAAAAUAUGAGGGUGAUAUCUCGGGGAGCUAUCUUCAUGGUUUUGGCACCUUUACUGGACCUGAUGGGUCUGUUUACCGCGGGGCCUGGAGGAUGAAUGUUCAGCAUGGGAUUGGAACAAAGCAGUAUUCUAAUUCUGAUACAUAUGAAGGUUCAUGGAAGGAAGGAGUACAUGAAGGUUCUGGAAAGUAUUGUUGGAAUGGUGGAAACACGUAUAUCGGGAAUUGGAAAGGUGGGAAAAUGUGCGGUAGAGGGGUUAUGAAAUGGGUAGAUGGCGAUCGUUUUGAUGGCUUUUGGUUAAAUGGGUUCAGACAUGGGUCUGGAAUUUAUAGCUUUGCUGAUGGAGGAUAUUACUUUGGAAAGUGGAGUAGGGGCCUAAAAGAUGGAAAAGGAACGUUAUAUCCUGCUGGAUGUAAACAUCCAUCUUUAAAAAAGUGGCAUAACUCCCUUGGACGUGAUGACAAAAAUUUCUUUUUUUCUCACAGUUUGUCAUUGAACUCAGAGGCAGGCAGGGCUACAAGACCAAGUGUUAAGCGCAGUCUUUCUGAGAAGAUUUUUACUGAUGGAGUUUUACGAAGCACAGGUCGCAUAUUACGAAGGGCUUCAUUGUCAGAUGAAAAUUGGGGCCUCUUUGAUCAUGGUCGCAACAUAAGAUGUCAUGAAUCUUCAAGCAUGUCAUUCCAUUCCUCUCAUGAAGAGCAACAUGAGGCACAGGAUAACAGUACUUUAUUUUAUGAAAGGGAAUACAUUCAAGGUGUUUUAAUAAAAGAGAGAAUCAGGAAACUUGCAGAGAUAUCACCCAAAACUAAACAGCAUAAAAAAUUUAAUGUGAAAGAAGCAACAAGGAACUCAUGUGUGGAUAUUUUCAAAGGCCAUCAGAGCUAUUAUUUAAUGCUUAAUUUACAACUUGGCAUAAGGUAUACGGUUGGCAAGAUCACACCGGUGCCUAUGCGUGAAGUGCGGUCUUCUGAUUUUGGCGAUCGAGCUAGAAUAAGGAUGUAUUUCCCAAGAAAGGGUUCCCAGUUUACACCUCCACACUACUCUAAUGAUUUCUACUGGAAAGACUACUGCCCAAUGGUCUUCAGGAAUUUGAGGGAGAUGUUCAAAUUAGAUGCAGCUGAGUACAUGAUGUCAAUGUGUGGUGAUGAUGGUCUGAGGGAACUUUCUUCUCCUGGGAAAAGUGGCAGUAUAUUCUAUCUUUCUCAUGAUGACAGAUUUGUGAUUAAGACUUUGAAAAAACCAGAACUGAAGGUCCUACUCAAGAUGCUUCCUUACUAUUACCGUCAUGUAGGGGAACAUGAGAACACUCUGAUAACAAAAUUUUUUGGGCUUCACAGGAUAACAUUAAAUGGUGGAAGAAAGGUACGUUUUGUGGUCAUGGGGAAUAUGUUUUGCACAGAAUUACAAAUUCACCGUCGUUAUGAUCUGAAGGGAUCAUCUCAAGGUAGAUUCACAGAUAAGGACAAAAUUGAUGAGACUACCACAUUGAAAGACUGUGAUCUAUCAUAUGUAUUUCAUAUGGACAAAUUAGUGCGAGAAUCCCUUUUUAGACAAAUUUCUCUGGAUUGUAUGUUCUUGGAAUCUCAGCGGAUAAUUGACUAUAGCCUUCUGUUGGGAUUACACUUUAGAGCUCCUGAGCAUCUCAAGGCUCUCAUAGAAAAUCCCAGUGCUUUACCCUGUGGUGAUGGUGGAGUUUCACAAGGAGAACCCUUGAUUCCUUCUAACGGCCUGCUACUAGUAACCCAUGAACCCAGCUCUGUCAACAAUGCACAUGGUUCUCACAUCCGAGGAAGUACAUUGAGAGCAUCUUCUUUAGGUGAUAAGGAAGUUGAUCUUUUACUGCCUGGUACUGGGAGGUUACGUGUACAGUUGGGAGUUAACAUGCCAGCUCAGGCUAAUCGGAAGCUUCAGCAGGAUGAUGAUUCCGGAGUUGAACUUUUUGAGGUUUAUGAUGUUGUUCUCUAUUUGGGAAUAAUUGAUAUAUUACAGGAAUACAAUGUGAAAAAAAAGCUCGAGCAUACAUUCAAAUCAUUGCAUUUUGACUCCACUACAAUAUCAGCAGUUGAACCCAAGCUGUAUGCUACACGUUUUAUCAAUUUCCUGAAGACAGUUUUCCCAGAUGUUUCAUAAAGAGAGCCUUCACUUCAGGUUCUAUUGUGUUUUUUUACUCUGUUUUUUGGUUUCCUUCCUGCUUACGAUCAUCCUUUUAUAGGAAAAAGCUGUGUUUCUUAUCAUAAUUCUUUUUACAGCCAUUCAUUGUAAAGUAUACAUCCUGUAAUAAAUCAUCCCAGUUUACUGUUUAUAAGGAAGAAAAGAUGAAUUUCCUUC